CAUGGCUUAGCAGGAAGUGCAUCUUAUGUUUAGCUGGAACAUGAAGAGGAGAAACUGUUUAUUAGGGAACUACUGGGACAUCAAACUUAGCUUUUGACGGAAUAAGAGUGGGGGAUGGACAUUAAUAACAGAGGACAGCCGUGGGGGAAGCUGGUCAAUGUGAACUCCAGUGAAACUGUCCUGCUCUUCAACAGAGAGUGCACUGUGGGCAGGAAAAAAGGAUGUCAUUUGUCCUUCCCAGCGAACAAACUGGUAUCAGGGGAGCACUGCAAGAUUGUGCAGGAUGAAAACUCAGGGCUGGCAUGGCUCGAGGACAUGAGCACUAAUGGCACAGUAAUCAACAUGUCCAAACUGGUCAAGAAGCAAACUCACAUGCUGCAGAAUGGGGAUGUCAUCUACUUUGUGUACCGGAAAAGUGAGCCAGAACAAAAUAUUGCCUAUGUAUACCACUCAAUCAAUGUAGAGCAUUCCGCUACAACGCAUGAUCCUGACGGAGACUUGGAGAGGUCGGACCUCAGUUCUGCUCCACACUCGGAGAUGUCCCUCUCUGUGGAACCUGUGAUGCUCUCAACGGCUCCUCGAGAUCCAACUCAGGAGGAACCUCAGCCUUCCACUUCCUCUUCCAACUUCUGCAUCAGGAGCCCAACUACUCCUGCUGUCAUGGAGACCACAGCUGUUCCUGCUGCUGGCCAAGCUGGAGAUGCAGCCCAAGCACCAGAAAAAGAUGUGGAUGACAUGGAGCCAGAGAGCAAGAGGAGGAAAACUGAUGAUAACAAAGACUAUGAUUUAGGCCUGCCGCACGCCUCUGGUACAGCCGCGGCCACUUCAGCUAAGGGAAGUCUUUUGUCCAAACCACCAGUGGGUGGAGCAAAGACAGACAAGAUGGAGGAGAGCCUGACCUGCGUUAUCUGUCAGGAUCUUCUACAUGACUGUGUCAGCUUGCAGCCUUGCAUGCACGUCUUCUGUGCUGCUUGCUACUCGGGCUGGAUGGAGCGUUCGUCCCUUUGCCCCACUUGCCGCUGCCCUGUGGAGAGGAUUCGGAAGAACCACGUCCUCAACAACCUAGUGGAGGCUUACCUCAUCCAGCAUCCAGAGAAAUGUCGCAGUGAGGAGGACCUGAAGAGCAUGGACAGCCGUAACAAAAUAACUCAGGACAUGCUGCAGCCAAAGGUUGAGCGUUCUUACUCAGACGAGGAGGGCAGCUCAGAUUUCCUCUUUGAGCUCUCUGACAAUGACAGCGACUCGUCAGACAUUAGUCAGCCUCUAGUGAUAUGUAGACAGUGCCCAGGCUACAGGAGGGACGUCAGUCAGAUGCUGUUUACUACUGGUUCAAACUACUGGCUCCCCGGUUUUCCUGCUCCACCCCUGGUUUUUCCUCCACCCAAACCGCCCAGUGAGGAAGUGUCUGAAAAGCCCACAGGGGAGCAGCCUUCAACAUCCUCUGAUAUCCCCUCAGCUGCUCAGGAUCCCAAGGAGUACCGCUGCCCCCCUCAGGGCCUCCAUCUCAUGUGCACCUGCUGCCUCCAGCCGAUGCCGGACAGACAGGCUGAGCUGAACAGCCAGCAGAGUGUUGCUCAACAAUGUGCACUGUGCCAGCGACCCUUCUGUCACAUGUACUGGGGCUGCCAGAGGAUUGGCUGUCAGGGCUGUCUGGCUCGAUUCAGUGAGCUCAAUCUGACAGACAAAUGCUUGGAUGGUGUGCUGAACAACAACAACUUUGAAUCAGAGAUCCUACAGAACUACUUAACCUCCAGAGGGAAGUCAUGGAGAGAUCUGCUGCAGGAGUCUCUGCAGAGAUUACAGCAGGGACAGUGCUAUCUCACAGACUCUCGAAUCUCUGCAAACACUAUCAUGUGCUUCUGCUGCGGCCUGCGAGCAUUCAAAGAGCUGGCCUACAAAUACAGACAGAGCAUCCCCUCAUCUGAACUGCCAGCUGCUGUCGCAUCUCGUCCUGAUUGUUACUGGGGACGCAACUGUCGUACCCAGGUGAAAGCACAUCAUGCAAUGAAAUUCAACCACAUCUGUGAGCAGACACGCUUCAAAAGCUGAAGAAGAAGAAGAAGAGGGGUUUGUCUUCACCUAAGUGUCAAACUGAGAGUCUCACAGACAUGAUCUUGUGAAGUUCUGCUUGUGUCCGUCCUCAAUAUCUGCCUCUUCCAGAUGUUAUGCAAUAGCCUAAUGCAGAAAUAACAAUCAAUAUCCACUUACAGUUGUGACAGGUGUUUUGCUUGACACGUAGCUGUCUGAAACAAUGCUAUGCACAUUAUUAUUAGUGUUUAUUAUUAAUGUUUACUAAAGGUUUGAGCCACUAUUUGGAGUUUAGACCUGUGGGGGCUUUGAAGAGUAACUAAACCCCAGAGUUACAGCAGAGAUGCAGCUACCCUGGAAUUUAAAAAAAAAAAAAAAAACGCCUUUAGAAUGUCAUGGACAGGGCUGGCUCCUACUCUCCCCAUCAGCCACAUCACUCAGUCCGUGCUGCUUUUCAGAUUAGAUUUUUAGCCAUAGUGUCAUAACUAGGGAUGCACUGUGCCGAUCUUUACAUAUUAGUUUUGCCCAAAACUGAUAUCAAUACAAUAUUUAAAUGGAGUUCGGGCCUACGACUUAAGUCCUCAAAAACACAAUUUAAAGUGAGGAUAAACAAAUUAUCUAAUUUCAGUCCUUAAAAGUGUAAGCAAUGAUGAUGAAUAAAUAAAAAAGACCUCAGCUGACAAAGGUCUGUUGGUCUUACCUAAAACUUCACUAACAUAUUUGUUCGUACAGCCAGUAUUUACCGAUGAGUAGAUUUUUAAUGCCGAAAUAUCUGCUGUGAAUAACAGCAACAAUGUACGUAUUUACUGAUAUGCUGAUAAUAUGGUGCAUCUCUUGUCAUAAUCAUGCAAGGUAGACUUGCUGCAAGCUACCCAAGUGUGAAAUAUUGAUAUAUGGUCAUGUAGAAGAUACAAGUUUUCAUAUUAUCAACCUCAAUUUAGGAGAAAUAAAGGUUAAUUUGCAAUUUUGGGAAGUUGAAUUGCAUUACCAACAGUCCUAGAGAGAUAAGUGACGUCUCUGAUUGGCUGACCCCGCCUUUACCUGGGAAAUGUCUUUGUUUGCUACGACUGGUGAUUUUAACGGCCAUUUUUCAAAUAAAGAGGGAUCAAACUUUGGCUGUCAUCUACAACGAGUAAAUUUAACGUUUGUAGAAAAAGUGGGCAGUAACUUUUGAGGUCUGUGGAUCUGAUAGAUGGUGCUAAAUACAUCAUUUACCACCAGAUAGCUGAUUAAAAAAAAAAAUUAAUUUGCAGCAGAACUAAGGAUGUUCCUAAGCAUCUUUUUCCCUAUUCGGCUAAACGCUCAUUUACAUUUCAUUUAACCAACUAGUGUAAAGAGGAGGAAAUUCCUGGAAAACAGUCAAAUUCAUCACAUUAGUCUCUACAGCGUGGCUAACAUUACAAGCUAACGCUGCCAGCCUUCAUCCCUCUUUACAGAUUAAUAUCGUGCUUUGAUAUGUGGCCUCUUUUUUCUUCGGGUGUAAGUUAUAUGGAAGUUCAAACCUCGACGGCCUACGUACCACUGUAUUUCCAUUUACUACUUUAAAAAAACUGUCAUACCGCGCCGUUCUACUACACGCUAACCGUUAAGCCACCGCUGAGCUUCUCAUAAAAAAGAGCAUUAUAGACCAGGAUUUCAAGCCAGUGUUUAUAAAAAAUGAUAGGUAAUAGUUUAACCGACUCCAAAAUCCCACACCAGCUAAUUUAAUAAAUGAAUUUAUCCAAAAUCCCACGCCAGCUAAUUUAAUAAAUGAAUUUAACCGUUUUAGCAGUUAACCAUGCACAUCCCUAGUUUCAACCUGAAGAGAGCAUUUGUUAUGCACAUGUUGAAGCAAAAUGUAUAAUUUCAACACGUUGUGCUAAAAAGUCAAGAUUUGGGCCUUAACUGAUUAGCAGUACCACUUGAUCUCCAUAUGCAUAGGUUUUCAUGUGAGAAAGUGGUCUCAAGGGUUAGUUACUCUUUAUUUGACCUCCACCAUUUAGAUUUAGAAACAUUUUCCCUGUGGCAAUGCACUCGUCAAAUCUGCCAGGUAUAAAACCACCAACUAUAUGAACAUUUUUUUCAGCAUUUUGACUGACAGUAGAGUUUUGUGUUCCUGCAGUCUUCCUCAGAAGUCACAUGAUGUUGCUGUGAUGGGUUUUUUUCAGCCAAUCUCUGUCACCCUGUCUUGAUUCAUUGGAUGACCAUGCUCCCUGCUGUCUGGUAGCUUCUUGAUGACAGCAUCCCAUGUGUGGGGCAACAUGUAAUCCCCCUCAUCCUGGUUCAUAGUUCCAUGGUCCUGUUUGCAUAUGGCUGAUUUUAAAUAUUCUUGUUUGCCUUUUCUUUCAUGGAUCGUGUGCACCUUCCAGAUGUUUCCUUCUCACAUUCUUUCUGGUGUUCCCUCUUACGUGUGCCAAAAGGUCUUCCUGCUUCUCCAAAGUAUGUUUCCUCACAUGAUAUUCAAGAUCUCUCAGUAAUGACUUCAGCUAUUGUCUCUGUUGAUUCUUUCCUUUUGGGUGUACCAGUAAUUGUUGGAGUUUUUUUUAUGUGGUUUUGACUGUUGUGUUGAGGAUGUACUCUCACUCUUCUGAGGAAGACUGCAGGAGGUUAGCAGUCAAAAGUCAGAGUUGCUAAGAAAACACAAAAAAUGUUUGUGAAGAAUGGAAAAAAUGCUCGGCUAGAGAUGCAAUCUGUACUGAUCAUGGCUGAUUUUCUACUUAGAUAUAAAUAUUUAUUCUAUGUUUGGGGGUUAGAACACAUGUGGUACACUGAAACUCUUUUUAUGUGUCGCAGUGUUGAGAAAGUUAAGAAAACUGUACUUCUUAGGGUUUACUGCUAAUGUUUUAUCAGACUAUAGAGAUGGUAAUAUUAGCACCAUACAUGUUUCCAAGACACAAGCUCCAAAAAAUAUAAAGUCUAAAUGUCUCACCUCUUAGGGACUUUUCUUGUUUCUCCAGGGAAUUACUUAUUCCCCAGACAGGGGCAAAAAGCCACGUCAAAGCCUGUGCAUACGUUCUCUGGUAGAUUAAUAAUCCCUUGUGAUAUUUGUGUAGGAUUUGGAAGGGGAUCAAUGUGUUGUAACCCUGUCAGAGGGCAUGGGGGGGGCACUGUUGUAUGCUUUGCUCAGGAUAAUCAUCUCAAAAGGUGAUUAUAGUGUAGAAGGGACCCUUUCUUAGAGCCUUGUAGUAAGGGCUAAGCUGUGAUGAAAUGCAGCCACUCGCAUAUGGUCGCGAGUGGAAAAAAAGCAGCGCUACAGGAAACCUGUGCUUGUUGAUUUAGCUGAAAGUGAUGGUGCUUUCAGCGGCACUCGCCUGUAAUUGAUUUUAGCAAGUGUUUGAUGGUGCACUUGCACAUCUUAAGUGAGUCGUGCCAACACAGCUCAACAGUUAAAUGUUGAAACGUAUGUUAGGUUUGUCAUUGCAGAGUUUUGUUAAAAGUUUAAAGAUGUUAAGGAUUUAGUGUUUAGUUGGAUCCUCAGGUACACAAAGCUGCUGCGUUGUUUUUAAAUGCAGGCGAACCAUGUUUCAUGGUGAGUAAAGUGCUGACAUGCUAAGCUGAUGUUAAAUCUUCUUUAUGACUAUCACAAGUACGUCCAUCCUAAUCAGAGUGCACAGCCAGUGUUUCUACUGAAAAAGGACAAAUCGUACAUUAAUUCUUGACUAUUUUGCCUUGUCGACUUCAUGACCGUAGUUUAAAGAGGCCUUAUAUACUGAAACGUGAGGAUGAAGACUGGAUGUUAGACCUUGUUAUGUUGGGCUCACUGUUUGUAGGAAAUUGCUGUUAAAAAAGAAGGGGAAAGUAGAAAACACUUAGCUUGAAUCCAGUACUUUAUUUUUGUAGUUUUCUUGUUUUGUUUAGGAGAGUAUACGCUUAAGAUGAGUAUGAAUAUUUGAUAGAUGUGUUUAUAUUUUACAGCUAUGAGGAAAUUUGCACAUUGAUUUUCUUACACAGAUGGGUCUGCAUGGUCAUGGUGUGAGCCAGACUUCAUAGAAGAGCUGUCUAUAUCCAGCUGUAAUCAUGAAGGGUUUCUUACUGAAGUGGGACACAUCAUGAGGAGGAAAAUGCAAAGUAUCCCCUUUGAAAUCACACAUCCUCAGUACUUUACACAUUAAUUCUUAGAAUUUUGUAUACUUUCUGAUGUAUAUUUUUAGUUCUAUGAGCCAUAGUGACUGGAAAGGGUAUGUUUAAUUAUGGAACGUAGCUCUUCUAGGUGUUGGUGGCAAGCUGGGUUUAUGAAUGGGCACUUUUCUGGCCUCUGCCAGAGCUCUUGAGUUAAUCUGUGGUUUUUAGUAAGGUGAUUUAGGUGUGUAUUUUUUUUAUUUGUAUCCCUUGAGUCACGGUGGGUCCACACUGGCAUUCCUCAGAGGCUCAGGCCCUCAGCAAAACCUGGUCGAUCCCCCGACGGUGUGGCUGAGUUUUAAUUAUUCCCCACCGGAGAUCUGGGCGCCCUAAGCCAACAACAGUCCCGAGCCGCUCCAAUCAGGAAUUGGUAUUAAAGAGGCUUUGGUUGAGUGCUUUGCAUUCUCCCUGGUGUGGGUGUUUAAGGGGUGGGGGGUGUUGUGUUGUGUUGUAUACUAAGGAAAAUAUUUACUCGCUUGUGUGUAAGAGUCUGGACCGGACUGCUCAGCAGUAUGGAGGCAGGUUUCAUUCUACCUCAUUGCAGCUCCUAGGAACUGCACAGGCAUCAGAGCCGAGAUCACAUCAGCUAAAAACUCAUCUCUCCAUGAGGGACAAGCAGUCUUCCCUGAUGCCUGUUAACUUUGUAUGCAAUGCACUAUUGAGUAGUUAGUCUAGACUAUAAUCAACCUCUAGUUAAACUUUUAAAGUAGCGUUAGCCACGUGUGAAAAUGUUGCAAGAUUAUGUUUAAGGGUUUGAUAAAUGCCUCUAAAUGCUGUAAGUUAAUCUGUAUGUUAUAUUAGCUAUGCUGCAAAAUGUUAAAAAUGGAUGUGCAUAUAGAUCUGAUUUGCUUGUUUAUAUGAAGAAAUUAAAAGACCCAUAUGUCUGAA